AUGUCCAGCAACUCCAUCAAAUUAUUAGCCCCCGAUAUCGAUUGUGGUUUGGCGCAGUUGGUCUCCAAGAGAUUGGGUGUCAACUUGACCCCGGUUGAGAUGAAACGUGACUUCUCCGGUGAGGUCUCCUUUAACAUUGGUGAGAGUAUCAGAGACGAAGAUAUCUAUAUCAUCGUCCAGAUUGGUAGCGGUGUCGUCAACGACCGUGUCAUCGAAGCUUUAAUUAUGAUCAACGCCUGUAAGACCGCGUCUGCCAGGAGAAUCACCGCUGUGUUGCCAAACUUCCCAUACGCCAGACAGGACAGAAAAGACAAGUCCAGAGCCCCAAUCACUGCCAAGUUGAUGGCUGACAUGUUGACCACCGCUGGCUGCGAUCAUGUCAUCACCAUGGACUUGCACGCAUCCCAGAUCCAGGGAUUCUUCGACGUUCCAGUCGACAACUUGUACGCCGAACCAUCGGUUGUCAGAUACAUCAAGGACAACUUGAACGUCAAGGAGUCUAUCAUCAUCUCCCCAGAUGCCGGUGGGGCCAAGAGAGCGGCCGGUUUGGCCGACAGAUUGGACUUGAACUUUGCCUUGAUCCAUAAGGAAAGAGCCAGAGCCAACGAAAUCUCCAAGAUGGUGCUUGUAGGCAACGUUGUGGGUAAGACCUGUAUCAUUGUUGAUGACAUGGCCGAUACCUGUGGUACCUUGGCCAAGGCUGCUGAGAUCUUGUUGGACAACGGUGCCAACAGUGUCAUUGCAAUUGUUACUCACGGUGUGUUGUCUGGAAACGCCAUCAACAACAUCAACAACUCCAAGUUGGACAGAGUCGUCUGCACUAACACCGUUCCGUUUGAGGAAAAGGCCAAGUUGUGUCCUAGAUUGGACACCAUUGACAUCUCUCCGGUGUUGGCCGAGGCUAUCCGCCGUUUGCACAAUGGUGAGUCUGUCUCAUUCUUGUUCAAGAAGGAGACGAUCUAA